AUGUCUGCUGUUCAAGACAUCCCUUCUAACGGCAACGACCUCGUCGAUUCUCUCGACCGCCUCAAGGUUGAUGACAACGAGCCGAGACUCGGCCCCGAUGGCGAGCCUGCUCCCCGUACGGAGGAGGAGUACGCUGUGUCUCAGCUCACCCUUCGCGCCAUCGUCUCUUCCAAGGAGGCCGGCGUGAUCAUUGGAAAGGCUGGCAAGAACGUCGCUGAUCUUCGCGACGAGACCGGUGUCAAGGCCGGCGUGUCUAAGGUUGUUCAAGGUGUACACGACCGCGUUCUCACCAUCACUGGUGAAAUUCAGGCUAUCUCCAAGGCCUACGCCAUUGUCGCGCAGGCUCUCCUCGAGGGCGCUCCUGCUAUGGGCAUGGGCGGCGUCGUCCAGAACAACGGCACCCACCGUAAGCAGCCGCAUCUCGUGUAUUCUAAGGAGCUCCAUGCUGACAACUUCGCAGCUAUCAAGCUCUUGAUCUCCCACAACCAGAUGGGCACCAUCAUUGGUCGACAGGGACUGAAGAUCAAGCACAUCCAGGACGUUUCUGGUGUCCGCAUGGUGGCUCAGAAGGAGAUGCUCCCUCAGUCCACCGAGCGCAUUGUUGAGGUGCAGGGAACCCCGGAUGGCAUCAAGGCUGCCGUUUGGGAGAUCUGCAAGUGCCUCGUCGACGACUGGCAGCGUGGUACCGGCACCGUCCUCUACAACCCGGUCGUCCGCACCCAGCCUGGCACUACUAGCAGCACUAUUGGCGGCGGAAGCGGUAGCUACUCUUCCACCGGCGGUGGUCGCUCUGCUGAGUACAGCAGCCCCCGCGUCAUGCGCACCGGUAACGGUGCCGACUUCAGCAACGGCGCAACUCGCCCUUACGGCCGCCGCUCUGACUCUGACGCUGCUUCCCGUGGACCCCCCACUCAUGAUGAGAACGGAGAGGAGAUUCAGACUCAGAACAUCUCCAUUCCCGCUGACAUGGUGGGAUGCAUCAUCGGACGUGCUGGUUCCAAGAUUAGCGAAAUCCGCAAGACCUCCGGCGCCCGCAUCUCCAUUGCUAAGGCCCCCCAUGACGAGACUGGCGAGCGCAUGUUCACCAUCAUGGGCACUGCUAAGGCCAACGAGUCUGCCCUUUUCCUGCUGUACGAGAACCUGGAGGCUGAGAAGAUGCGCCGCUCCCAGGCUCCUGCCUCGGAGUAG